CUUCCUGGGGCUGGCAGGUUUCACAGAGCCACUGUAGACUGUAUGCUGAGGGAGCCAUGUUGAUGCCUUGUUUUGUGUCAGCCGCUUCAUUUUGGAUGGUUUCAGGAGUGCGUACCAAGGACCGGGAGCGUUAGCGGUGAUUCCAGCACCGCAAUGAGAAGAGGAGAGCGGUGUGGGGUGGUGCAGGGAGCGGCAGAGGAGAGCAGCUGUUAGGUCACCGGACAUCACGCGUGGAUAUAAAGCGAGUGAAGUUGAUGCUAGUUAGCCUGGGAGCUAGGUAGCAACAGCUGUGCGGACGCUGCGUGGGAUGCGGCGUGUGGACUAAAACAACACUCUCGACAGUGUUUGUUGCGUUUUGUGUGGCCAAAGUAAGCCACGCCGUUUGAAGGGUCUGCUCCUGGAGGACUUAAAGGGCUGCUGGGUCCAUGUUGAAGCUGUCUUUGGAGAGCCAGCUAGCUCGUGGCUAACGUUAGCAUGCUGACAAUCAGCUCGCGUCUGCAGUCACGACUAACAUUUAGCUAGCUGAGCCGAGUCUGAACAUAUAGCGACUUUCAGACAGCUGUGGAGCUCCGUGCUGGCUGUGUGAUAAACGACCCCACAGAAACCCCGAGUGGAGAUAUGGCGGCUCAUCCAGUCUGCGUGGAAAGCUCUCAGUUCCUCUGCCCUGCUUGCCACGGAGCGGCUAACGGGCUAGCAGCGUAACUUUCCCUUCUCCGUGUCCCCUCAAGAGCUGCACAGCCCACUUCCUCUCUGCUAGACCUCUCGUACCUGAAGCAAGCUGGCGGCCCUCCGUGUAGAAGCCGAGGACAAGGAGCUGGGGCCGAUGGCCUGGGUGCUGAAGAUGGACGACGCCACCAUAGAGUCGGGGCUGGUGCACGACUUCGAUGCCAGUCUGUCCGGCAUCGGGCAGGAGCUGGGGGCUGGAGCCUAUAGCAUGAGGUUAGACCUCGACCGAGCUUACACAGAGAUAUCAACUCUCAGAUAAAGUCCGAGGUCAUCAUCAAAGAGAUCAACCCUGAAUCUGAGGGGGCUUACUUUAUUUACAUGCACUACCUGUGGCUGCUGAUCCCUUUGUACCAAGAGGGAUGGCUGCUCUUUGUUUUGAGGAUUGGAGAAGGACAGAGAUCUCAGGGAGCCGUGAUCAGGGUCAAAGAUAAACUUCAGCUACAACCGAAGAAAAACCUGCUUAUGUAGAAAGGAACAAAUACACAUAUGACAUGCUAGACGUAGUGUACAUUUCCUGAUAACAAGGAAGUGUGUGAGAAAGGCCCUCAGACUGAUACCUCAGAGCAGAUGUGUGGCUUUGUUUCUCAGCAUAUAGCAGGUAGAGAGGGGAAACAAAGGCCUGGAGGUGACUUUCAGAAAGAUGAGUCUGACUUUUACUGUUAGGGUUGUUUUAUUGGGUUAAAUAACCUGCGUGUAAAAUUAACAAAGCAUGUGCAGCUAAAGAAACACCUAAAGAUGCAUUUUUCCUCAAUAAUCACAGAGCAGAUCCAUGAUGUUCAAGCUGCUGUUAGCUUCCAACAAGACUGCAAAAAUCACACAGUUGUCCAUUAAAAGUUCCUUUAAGUUGUGCAAAUUUCCAUUCCUUCUACCAGAUUAUAAUUCAAGUAAGACAACCUUUGGACUAGGGCUGGGUGACAUGGGAAAAAGUUUAUAAUCAUGAUUUUUUUUUUCAAAUCAGUCAAUAUCAAUUUAUAUCACGACUUUGCGAGAACAUGUACUCGACAUAAUUUGCAGUGCGCACUACUCAGUUUCAUGUCCGACCUCAAAAACUAAAAUACCUCCACACCAGCGAGGUUUUCGUGCCAGUGUUGUCGAUGAUGUCAUCAUCUGUUAAGCCUUUAUCUGCAUUUCUGUUAGGGGUAGCACUCAUUUUCUUUUUUAACUCACCAACAGUGCUGUGGGCUUCACAUAUUAAAGUGCUAUGUUUGCAUGUAGCUGCAGCCUGCUACUACACGGUCGUUUGCCACUUGGUUAUAAUUCAGCACAUGAUUGGUUCAGCGCGAAGAGGACCUAGAGCAACUCCCCUUUUCAUUGGCUGUUCGUAUAGUCUACCAAAACAUGGCAGAAUGCCGACUAUCAAAAAGCAUAUUGACCAUGUUUUAUAUUGAUAUUGAGGGAAAUUAAUUUUCUAUAUUUAUCAUUAUCGUUUUAUCGCCCAGCCCUACUUUGGCCCAACAGCUGCUGAGUGCUUGUGUAGAAAAAGGUUCAGAUGUUACUGCUGAAUACUCGUCCGAAUUCUUGAUCUUCGAAAACAAAUAUGAGCAUGGUAGAUGAUCGUGAUCUACAGCUUUUGUUUAACAUGUCUCAGCUCAUAUAUCCCGUUUUAGAACAAGGCUACAUCCUCCAAACUGAUGGUGCUAAAAGUAAUCUGGAUGAUCAAUGCUCUUUAGAUUAUCAGCGUCAUAUCAGUAUUGACACCAUUAUCUUCUUUUGAUAUAAACACAUGUUCUCCAUCCUAAAUGACAGCAUCAAACCUAAAUCGCUCUGUGGCUUGUGUUUAUUUGAAAUUCGUAGAAUAAUAUGUGCAGUCUAAUAGCUUUAAAACAAAAAAAAUAACACACUUUAGAGAGUUUAGAAACAAAAACCUGCUCUUGCGGAAUCUGUAUUGGCAUCAGGUAGCCACUAGUUUUGUAUAACUCUUGCAUCACAAGCACAGAUAUUUUCUUGAAAUUAUAAGGUUUCACAUCAUGCUCACUUUGAGUUUCUGCACACACAGAGUCUUUGGCAAUGAGAUAAAUUUGCUAAAAAUGCGUGAAGCCUCCUAAAGACUCCUAACCUUUAUGUCAAAGUAGCUCUGGGGGACUUGCGGUUCAAUUUGAGGCCCCAGCAGUAUGUCUGAUCCCACUCUAGAUCCCGUCCUGCACAUGUGUGUGAAGUUUCCUCUGAAGUCAAACCUCCCCCUGUGUAAUUUUUACUUGUUAACAUUGUUACUCAGUGACAUUUAUGAGGCUGAGAUGUUAGCAGAGGCUCCUUAGCUCUGCAUGCUGUGAGCUGCCUCAUUGAGAUCCAACCAACUGACAGGCAUUAAAAUUAACUGGCUGAUCAUCUGGUCCAUGUGCACUAAAUCUGGACUGUUUUAUAACCAGUAAAAAUUCCUUCAACAGGUUUAAUUAAAUGAGUCAGGGGUUUCCAGCACUGCUCAGGUCAUCUGAUUCAGGGAAACAUCAUUAGUCACCUGUUGGUUAUGUGUCUGUGGAGGAUGGAGACAUUUCCUGUGUCUGUCCCUCUGAAAAAGCUGAAGCUGGAAGCAGUGCAGCAUUGUUGUAAAGCACCUGUUCAAUUAGUAACUCCCGGUAUGUGUGUACCGUGUUAUGUAACAGGUUACGGGAGGUGAUGAUAUUUGUGUGGCAAAGGCGAGCAACUCUCAGGACAUGCAUUUGUCUUAUCAGCAGCCUCCUCGGCCAUCUGUGUGUGUGUGAGAGAGACGCAGAGUGUCCACAGGUUUAUCAAUUCACAAGUGAUGGGCUGUGAGGUGAAGUUACUGAGUGCAAACAGGAUAGUGUGUGUGUGUGUGUGUCGAGGGGGGAGUUGUGGUGUCUGUGUAGUCUGUGUGGUGGUGUUGGGGUGAGUUACGGGGCAGGUUUGGAGUCAGCAGCUGGUAGGAACAGAAUGUCUCGGUGUGUGUCAGUGGAGCCAGCUCCUCAGGUUUCAGGAAGCAGAUGUAGUUUUCCUGGGCAGCAGGGUGAGCAGGGUUGCAGCGUCCGGGUUGGCACAGCCUGCAGGGAAAAUCACACCGAACAAGAAGGGACUGAGUGAAUCGAGCAGGCUGCUGUUUAAGGAUGGAGCUGUGUUGGCAGGGGAAAGUGUCUUAAAUUGUUGAGCACUUUGAUGGUGUUUAAGUUUGGAUCUGGAUAAAAACAGCAUCAUGACCUCCCAGAAAGUUUUCCCUGUAAUUGGAUGCCAUAUUCUGCAUUUCUUUGUAUUAAUGGGACUACUUUCUGCACCCACACCCACAUGAAAACACUAACCUUGCACCCCAUGACACUCCCACGGCAUUUGUCGGGGUGAGCUGAGGACGGGCUGCCUGUCUGUCUAGAGUGGCAGCCAAGUGUGAAAGAUAUUGUGUGUGUGUGUGUGUGUGUGCAGCUCAGACUGUCUCUUGUCGUUUUUGUUCAUUUAUCCCUUUGCGGCCUCAUGCAUUCAUAAUAAGAGGGCCAUUUGAUCGAUGGAGAACCCUCGUCACUUAUUCUAAAAUAAGCCGAUGUGUUUAAUAAUUCCACAGGAUGAAGAGGAGCAGCAUUGUCUCUCCACUCUGGAGCAUGCAACAGUUUAAAUGUCCCGAAACCAAUUUGAUGUGUUUCCGCAAUAAUUGAGAAGUAGGAAAACAAGAACAUCCGCUUUGAAAGGAUAAAGGAGGAGUUUCUCUUUGCCUUCAGGGAGGUCAGGAUGAUUGUUACGAUCCCUCAUGGCUUUAAACAUCUAAUAAAAGCUUUGAUUUCCAGUGAAAAAUGAGCCACUUCAGCACUGAAAGGACAGAAAGCGAGAAAAAUGCACCAAAUAAACUGUUCUUGAAAAUCUACGACGCUGCCGGGCUUGUGCUUGAAUGAUGGCUGUUCUGUCACGCUGAUGUUCUCUCUCCUCCUCUCCUCUGUCCCUCUCAGCGAUGUGCUGGCUCUGCCCAUCUUCAAGCAGGAGGACACCGGCCUUCCUCCUGAGAAUGAGACCAAAAACCCCCCAUUCCAGUAUGUGCUGUGUGCCGCCACCUCGCCUGCCGUCAAGCUGCACGACGAGACGCUCACAUACCUAAACCAAGGUGGGACGCCUGAUUUUAUUACCAUCUAAUGAACGUUUCAUCAGUGUUUGAUGCUGUUAGUACACACACAGCUCAUUUGUUUGUGCGCUACAGCUACACACAUAAUAUCAGCAUUUAAUGAGUAAAGACAUGAACCUCCCGCUCAUUAGUGUAAUGACUGUAAAAUGAAACCGCUCAUGAUGAGAAUGGCGGCCUCUCCUGACCUCAGUAGCUCCCCAACAGUGUGAUUCUUCAUCAGGCGACAACAAGAAAUAAUAAGUUAUUCAUCUGACGGCACGUAAACGGAUGAAUCUAAAAGUAGGAAUGAGUGACACUUUAACUGUUUUAGAAAAAGCUGAGUUUAUGCUCCCCUGAAGCUUUAUUAAAGGACCAAUCCUGGGAUUUCAACAGAUUGGACUCCUUAAAUCUUUCAAUCACGUCUGUCUUUACUGACCCUAAACAUUUUCCAUAUCUCAGAGUGGGCUGUAUGGAGUGACCCCUCCUCUUUAAAUAAGUACAUCAUCAUGUUCGCACUGUGGCUAUUCUUCUAUUGACGUCACACUCUUACUGGGAGGCUCAUCUGCUGUUGUCAAAGGGAUUAUAUUUCACUGCCGUGUUCCAGCUUGUAAAUCAUAUCAACCCUGGGAAAUGCAUCCACACUGACCCAGAACAGAAAAGACAAGCUAGUAUAAAUUAGCGGCGUAAUGGGGCCAGAUUUGAAGGCAGUCUGAGUAAUUUGAUAACCCAUUAGCUAACUGGAAGUUGUUGUCUAACUGUAUUUGCAGAUUACCAAGUGUUGCACUCAUUUAAACAGGAUAAUUUGACUCCAUUUCUCCCUGAUUUGUACAACAGAUUAUUACAUGAGUUGCUAGCCAGCCAAGAAAUUAUGAAAUGUUUGUACAACAUGCAGUGCGACAGAUAAAAAUCUCCCCAUCCCGAUAUCAGGAGAAUAUCAGCAGUUGUUGUGAGUUGUGGUUUUAUACUCUGGAGUCUCUUACCCGAAUGUAACACCAAAACGUAGCUGCAAUCAUGGAAAUAAAAGCUGAAUGUAUCUGCAGACUCUGCAUAUUAGCCUGUUAUCUAAGAAGUGCAUCAUAUGUCCCUUCUGUGAAAGACAAAUCUCAUGAAGUAUUCAUCUCAUGUCGCCAGAUUUGAGUCAAACCCUCUGGUUUUAAGAAAUGAAGCUGAUGCAAAAAUUAAAAAAAAACGAAACAGUAGUUCCCCCAGUGUCCACUAAAGGCUGACUGCAGAUGAACCGGCAACCAGAUACUCAGUCCUUUUUAAAAAAAAAAAAAAGUCAAUUUUCUCGAUCACCAUUGGACAAGAAGAACGUUUCAUUCACUCCACGGUCUUGUUUUGAGACUGUUUGUCUCUGUAUUCUGUCAGUAUUCUUUUAAAUCUCUCUCCAUUGCUCUCUGUGUCUCUCAGGCCAGUCUUAUGAGGUGCGUAUGUUGGACAACAGGAAUCCAGGGGAGCUACCAGAGCUCAACAACAAGAUGGUGAAGGUGAGAUCUCUUCAGCCGCAGAAGAGAGAGAACUUUACUUUUAACUUGUCGCCUGCAUACACGCGCUGUCAGAAUAGUUAAAACAGGUUUUCUAAUUAAAAAUGAAUCGAGGAGUAACCUCAAACUGGGCGAGUCUAAAAAUCUGGAAUUUAACUUCUCUAGUUAGUAGACUUGCAUUUUCAUCCUCUGAUUUGUCAUGAAAUCGUUCUGAAGACCCUCUGGAGACACGUGCAGUAAUGACACCUGUGUUUGUGUGUGCAGAGCAUAGUGCGGGUGGUGUUUCACGACCGCCGGCUUCAGUACACAGAGCACCAGCAGCUGGAAGGCUGGAAGUGGAACCGUCCUGGCGACCGUCUCCUUGACAUCGGUAAUAAUGACCAUCGAGUAGUGUGUACUUCAGCUGUCCCAUGUGCCCGUCUCUGAGCGCAAGCACCUGUGUUUGUGUCAUUUGUGUGAGACAGAUAUCCCCAUGUCAGUGGGCAUUGUUGAGCCAAAGACCCACCCCUCCCAGCUAAAUGCGGCAGAGUUCCUGUGGGACUUGAACAAAAGGACCUCUGUUUUUGUGCAGGUAAUGCACCUGCACUCAAACACACACACACACACACACACACCAGUUCCUCUUUGCACCAUCUGUUCAGACGUGCCUCUAAAUUUCCAUAUCAAGCACACCUUUUGAUCACACACACCCUUUUCUUUUCUUUUGCAGGUGCACUGCAUCAGCACAGAGUUCACUCCCAGAAAGCACGGCGGAGAGAAGGGCGUCCCCUUCAGGAUCCAGGUUGACACGUUCGCCCAGGGAGAGGGAGGAGAGUACACAGAGCACCUGCACUCUGCCUCCUGCCAAAUCAAAGUCUUUAAGGUACACACCCACUCUCUCUGUUUUAGAGGGGGGGGAUUUUAACAUCAUCACCUCUGUCUGCCCUCUCAAUAAAACUCUCCUCCUCAUCCUAACGGUCUCUUCUUCUUCGCUCCUCAUCUAGCCAAAGGGGGCGGACCGCAAGCAGAAGACGGACAGGGAGAAGAUGGAGAAACGCUCAGCUCAAGAGAAGGAAAAGUACCAGCCUUCUUAUGAUACCACUAUCCUGUCAGAGGUCAGUAUGCAGCAGGUACCAACUGAGCACUAACCAGGAUGAAGUCCUGACGAGAUUUUUACUCAUUUAAAGAUUCAGACACCACAAGUUACAAAAUAUUCAACCUCGCUCAUUCAGGAAAACAAAUAAAAAGCAUAAUUAUCAGUCACUUUGCAGUUCCAGGAGUUCAUCCAGAUCCUCAUAGUGUCUUAGCAGUGUUAUGAGAAAGGGGGCAGUUCCAGAGACCACUGUAAUGAGAACCUUUGCCUCUAUAUGUGGGGCGCUUAAGCUGCUAGGGCAUUAAAACACAAAAAGGAAUGCACAGAUGAAAUGGCACAUGAGUCAUUUGACUGUUUACUUCCCCGUCACACUGAGGUUAUCAGGUUAUCUACUGCACAUCAUCAAGUCUGAGGUUGUGUUCAUGUGUUGGUCCCUGGCUGCCUAACCUCUACUGUGUGUCUGUCUGUGCAGACAAGACUUGAACCCAUUAUAGAGGACGCAGGCGACCACGAGCUGAAAAAGUCCAGCAAGCGGACACUUCCCGCUGACUGUGGCGACUCCCUGGCCAAGAGAGGCAGUGUAAGCACCUCGCUCUACUCUCCUCCUCCUCCUCCUGCUGCUGCCUUCACAAACAUCCACAGCACAUUUCUGUAGUCAUCUGGCUGCAGUCUAAAGUUUGCUGGAAAGACUCUCUGACCCUUUUUUGUUAACGUGGUUUACUGUGGUUGGGGGGUAGAUAGAGAUCUUGACUCUGAAUCCACUUUUUUAACCUUUAGUCUUUUGUUUUGGAGCAGUUGUCUAGCAAUGUAAAAUAACCCUGAAAGUCAAAUUAUUACAUUUCGAUGUUUGUGUGUCUUUUUUCCAGUGCUCCCCAUGGCCAGAUAACGCCUACGUCAGCCCCAACCAGGCAGCUACUCCCUCAUUCAGCUCCGCCCCUCUCUCCACCUACACAACCUCCUCAGUACCAGAUAGGUAGGGUUACACACAGGGGUUUGUUUAGACAAGAGAAAAGUCUUUCCUGUGAUGGAGUAUGAAGCCCCUCGGUCUCACCUCUCCUCAUUGUCGUCCCCUUUUCUUGUAGCGAUUCGUCCUCACCUAAUCACCAGGCAGACCCUGGCAGCCAUGGCAACUCCGAGGUAAGUCUGCACUCAUUUCCUGAAUUACAUAAAGUUGUGUAAAAGUUCCAGAAAGGUGAAAGGUAAAUACUGUUAUCCAUGGGCUGAGUGUGUGUCUGUGUCCUCCUGUGCAGCAGCUCAGCCCUGCUGCCUCCAUCCAGGACGCACAGAAGUGGCUCCUGAAAAACCGCUUCAACUCCUACACACGACUCUUCUCUCACUUCUCAGGUACACACACACACACACACACACACAUACAUAAGUGUUACUGUGGUGUUGUAACAGCUGCAGUGAAAGUGAAUUUCUCCUGCAGGUUCUGAUUUGUUGAAGCUAACCCGGGAUGACCUGGUCCAGAUUUGCGGGCCGGCAGAUGGGAUCAGACUCUUCAAUGCACUAAAAUCCAGGUGUGUAACAAAGUGUGUGUUUGUGCCUAGCUCUAUGAAAGGGCCUCUGUGUUUUGAUUGCUCUAAUCAUCAUCUGUGUUUACAGGUCAGUGCGUCCCAGGUUGACGGUGUACGUCUGUCAGGAGUCCCCUCGACAGAGCCCCCUGCUGGAGAGACACAGCGCCAACGAAAAUGGAGAUCACAGCGUAUCUUCAAACUUACAAGGUAAAUCGGCUUCAAAGACACAUCCUGCUGAUGUUAGUCGUGCAGUCUGCAGUGUGCGGUUACAAACACCUGUCUGUUUGUGCGCAGUGUAUCACGCUCUGUACUUAGAGGAGCUCACAGCUGCAGAGCUCAUCCGCAAGAUGGCGAAUGUGUGCAGCCUUCCACUGGGGAAGAUCAACCAGGUGUACAGACAGGGUCCCACCGGCAUACACAUCCUGCUCAGUGACCAGGUACACACACACACACACACACACAUCAUUUACAUCUCCAUAAAAACUGACUUUUCUGACCAGUAGAGGGCUCUUUGUGAAAAGAAAUCCUUAGACUAACAAGAUAAACUGCAGACACUCAUCUCUGUGAUGUGAACAGGAAAAACCACCAGCAUGGUUAUUUACAGAAGAUAAUCCACUCAGUGUAAUUUCAACUGUGUGAGUACAGGCACAACACCUGAGAGAUGAUGAGCGAGUGAGCCGAGGAGACAGUAGUUUUUAUGGUUUUCUCGGCUCAUAUGUUGAAAUCGUGUAUCAAGGUGAAUUUUCUUGAAAUUUCACAGUUUUCGGUUGAAUUUGUUCAUAUCUCAUGUCUAUAAUAGUGGGAUUGUAAUAAAAAACCUACCUUUUUAAAACUAGGUGACAGUGUGAUGUUCCAGGAUAGCAAAAUAGAACAAAAUCAAACAGAAACCAAAAUUAAACACGUCAUAAAAUUACACAAAGGCGAGAUCAAGAAAUAUCACAUAAAAAGUACUUGAUUUAAACGUAGUCUCCAGGUAUUUUUUUAUCUCAUAAUCUUGGAACAAAAAAAAUACAAGCAAAUGAGAGUUUAUAUAGGAUCAGGAUAAAAUUCAACAGCUUAUAUGUUUUAACUGGUCUAAAAAUAACUGGGGAAAAAAGUCAAAAGUUUAUAAAACAAUUAUUAAAAAUACAAGGAGCCAGGGUGAAAAUGUUUCAACAGAAGUGAGGAUUCUAUCUCUCAGAGUCAACUGAUUUAAUUUUGAUGCAAGUGGGUUAAAAGACUGUUAGAAAGACUCAAAAUGAUAGUUAGAUUGUAAAGGAAACAGCAGUAAAAAUGAAAAUAUAGACUAUAUCUUUUCAGUCCUCAGUUACAGAUUUCAGUGUUUCUUAUUAUCAGUCCAGUGAAAGUAAACUGUAGAUCAAGUAUCUCGACAUCCUCACACUGAGGAGAUGAAGAAGUUGACUGUACCACUGUUUAUUCCACAAGAACAACAACUCCACUGUGUGUAAUGUUGUUGAUUUUCAUAUAAUUUGCAUGAACCCACAGCUCCCACACUGGAUAACCUCUGUUUGUGUUUCACCUUUUCUGGUCUGCCUGUUUGCAGAUGGUUUACAACUUGCCUGAUGAGAGCUGUUUUUUGAUCUGCACUGUCAAAGGUGAGCUCAUGAAACAGAGAAACCCUCAAGUCUGUUGUUUCGUUACUUGGCCUGAAGUCGAUCCCCAUUUGACAGGGAUUUAAUGUCCUUUUUUUCUGUUGUGCCACCCGUCUCUCCCUUUUCCAGAUGAACUGAGCGAAGGACUCCAUCUAAUCCUGAAGUAGUGUGGAGGACAGAUGGCAUCACUAAUACUCCUCCCUCUGUUUUGGAGCAGAAGCCUCCUCUCCGUCCCUCCCUCACCUGCCUCGGCUCUUUCCUCACACCUCCUCUCCGGUUCUCUCUUUGACACUCGCUCAAUGGAAAGCAGAGAGACUGCGCUGAAAGCCAUGUAAAUGUUAGAAUCUGACAUGGGUGUGUCCACUGUUUCAUAUUGAAAACACUAUUGACAAAGGAGUUUAGUUAAACCAAGAGAGAAUGGAGGGGGUGUGGAGGAAAAAAAAUGAUGGUGUAUGUAUUUGAUUUUAUUAUUUUAUUUUGUCUUCUUUUAUAUGGUUUCCGCGGGUGAUGGGAGGGGGAGGCUCCAGGAGAGAGGGCAGAGAGGCUUUCUGGCUUGAAGAAGGAAUUAAAAAAGAAAGCAGAGUUUCCUUUUUGCUCGUUGCCCUUCCUACACAACGCGCACAACCAGCACUAGGCCAGUAUUUGAUAACCUGUACUGCUGAACAGCAUGCGAUCUCAACAUACUAACCAACCUGCUUAAAGGAGAAACCCAACUUACUCUGCUUGUGUAACAUUCUCGACGAGGGUUGUCUUAAUAAUCCAUUUAUUGAACGGCUGAGCUUGAAAAUGCCUGAAAUAUUCAGGACAAAUUUGUGGAAGUUAACUCAUUUGAUAUUGUUUUCAUGGAGUCUGUCAAUCGGACGGAUUUCAUCAACUCAUGUAGAGUCCAGCCAUACCUCUGUCUCUUUUUACAUGCAUCCUGUUUGGCCUGCGCUUUUACUGUUAUUAGUUUAUGCUUUAUUUAUGGAUCAGCUGUGUUUGUCGCACUCAUCCUGUUUCCUCGUUUCUGGUGCCAUAUUGGCUUUUUUUUUAUCUCCUGAUCUUUUGCUCACAUUCACUAACACACACCACACACGCACCUCAUCUUUGACUCCCUCUACUUUCUGUGCUGACCCUGUUUUAGCUGACCCUGUAGACACUUCUAGGAUUCUGACCUUGGAUGUCAAAAAAAAAAAAGAGGAAAAAACUCUUAAAAUGACUGAAAAACAGAGCAGGAACGCUCUUCAAAAAAUCUACUCGACCGUGGACCAAACAGGUUUCAGAUUAAUGGCGUUUUCUGCAGAAAAAGCCUCACUGACUUUGCACAUCUUGGUCACUAGAAGUGUUUGUAAAACUGAUCAGAUGGCAAAUCAAACCCUCAUCUCACUGGAGUUGCUUGCGCUCUGCAUGUACAUAGAAAAACCCUCCAUUCCAGGAUCUGCUCCGCCAGAAACGACCCGACACACAGCAGGCUGGUAGAAACGUAUCACUGCAGACGCCUGGUUUUAUAGUCUUUAAAUGUGGACUAGAAAAUCACGGCAGCUCCACCUCCAUCUUCAAAAUGUCGUGUUCAAUGUAGCUAAACAGAGGAAGUGCAAAGUGUGUAUUUCCAGCGCUGUUACUUUGAAAAGUUACAGGAAUCCUCACACGGGUCCUGGGAGUCUCUGUUGGUUUUCUCUUUUGAUUUUGGUGCACGGUGUCUGACAAUAUUGAAAGUGCAUCAAGUUUGCACAACUUUAAGCGUCAGAUGGUGUGUGUCUGCAUGUGUAUCAUUUUCAUCCUUUAAUUAUGUCAGUAGUGUCAUAAACUUUUCCCUGUUGGUAUGAUGUAACUGUUUAGCUUGACAUUAUGUAAAGAGCAUGUGGAAGAUGGAGAAAAGGAGGGAUAAUCCUGUCUUUGAGUGUGACCCCUCUUCUUUUCCAGAUGUUAGAGACCAAGUCUGCACUGAAUAUCACAAACUCAAGCUCGAUGUGUAGUCAGUAGUCCUACAGCCACAACCUCUUAUUCACCACCUUUAAGAAGGAGAACAAAAGAAAAAAAAACGAGUCUGAAACUAAAGAGUGUGUGUUUUUGUCUCACCGCGCCAGAGCCAGGACUGUAGCUCUUGUGAUGUUUACAAGGCAAAGUUAACUGUGUUCAUAGACUCCAAGAAUUAGUGAGUAAUAGAGCGGAUGUGAUAUUGAGAUUUGGUCCCCUUAAGGCUCAAUCCAGCCGUCUGUGUGUGCGUGUGUGUGUGCUUGACUGAGUGUGUGUGUGAGAGAGUGUGUAUGCGAGCAGGAGGGGUGACCACCGUUCAUGUACAGCCUAAUGUUAAUGAUUAUGCUUCUCAUGUGCACAGUACCGUAUGCUGGAGAUGUACACAACCACAUGUGCUGGGAAUAAAUGAUUUCAUAACUUUCUCUGGUUUCUGCUUCAUCAAACUGUUCAUUUACAAGACAUACAAACAAUAAAUAUAUUUAUUUGA